UGAGUGGAGGAGGUGUUUAUCAAACUGAAACUAAGCUUUUGCCUGCUCUCAUUCACUUCAACUAAAGUUCCUCUGUCAUCGACAAACAUGGAGCUGUAUCUGGCCAUUCUUACCUUCACUGCUUUUCUCUCAGCUCAUGCUCAGUUAGAGCAUAACGAUUUCUCAAUUACUGGAUGUUCUGGAACAGAGAAAGAGUCUAUGACUGGAUCUGACGGAGAGGAGGUGUGGCACGCUGACUUUAAUCAGAAGACAGGAGUCGUUACAUUACCUGAUUUCGCAGAUCCUAUGAGCUUUCCAGGAUAUUAUGAAGCAAGUGUUGCAGAUCAAGAAGUAUGCAAACAAAACCUGGCUGUGCUCAUUAAAGCUUCCAAGAGCCCACCAGAGGAAAUGGAACCUCCUGAGACGUCCAUCUAUCCGAGGAACGAUGUGCAGCUGGGAGUUAAAAACACGCUCAUCUGUCACGUGACGGGCUUCUUUCCUCCAGCUGUCAAUGUCUCGUGGGCUAAGAACAAUGUGAUUGUGACAGAAGACGUGAGUCUGAGUCAGUACCGGCCGAGGAGCGACGGAUCCUUCCACGUCUUCUCCUCUCUGAAGAUCACUCCUGAAGAGAAAGACAUUUACAGCUGCACAGUGAACCACCAAGCUCUCCAGGGCCAACCGCAGACCAAAAUAUGGAGCGUCCCGGCGGCUGCUGCUGCUGCUGCUGUCCUGCCCAGCGUGGGUCCGGCGCUCUUCUGUGGAGUGGGAUUGACUCUGGGGCUGCUGGGAAUCACUACUGGACUCUUCUUCCUCAUUAAAGCAACUGUGACUGACACGCCAGACAUGGCCAAAAACAUCAAACAUUUAAUGCAGUGGACCCAAUCAAAGACAGUUUCUCCAGGAUUCUGAAGACAUUACAUUUGCAGUUCAUCAGAAAUCUAAAGAAAUCAGAAUAUUACUCAAUAAUUAAAAUAAGACACUUUUGCUACCUUCAUGCUAAAUGUAGGUGAUUUAGUCAUGAACUGAAAUUUUGUUUCAGAGUUUUGAACAUGUUUUAAGCUUUAUUAAUAAAAUUUAAAUGUACAACUCAUCCCAUUACAAAGCUAUAAAAAACAAUCCCUGGACAAAGCUGUUAGAAAUAAAGCAUGCAGGGACUGAGAAGGCACAGACGUGCAGAAGGGUAUUUUACAGUGAUAUAAAGCAGUCACUUUAGAAAAAUCUACAAUUGUUUUUAUCAGAUGUUAUACACUGACUAACAGCUCAUUUAUUCAUGUGCAUUUGAAUGCUUAGAAAUGAUAUUUAACUGGUUGUUUAAUCUGAUUAAAUUGAUUUACAUAUCAUAUAAUGGCUAUUUUUUUUACAUUUACAAAUGUUAGUACUUUUAAGCACUUCACGACAUUUGUAAGCAUUCAAAUGCACGUUAACCCUUUCACACAUAAGUUUAAUGUCUGCAUAAAAUAAAACCUCACCCUCUACUUGA